AACCCAGAGGGAGCGCCACCCGGCAGAAGCACACAAGUGCUCAAGGACCACCGAAGUGAAACAAAAAUUAGAAAAGUCAAAAAUAUAAAAAAAAAAAUAUCAAAAAAGAAAGUACACGGUUUGGGCAGCGCGCCAGCUCAGCGGGCAACAGAACAAGGCCACCCCCACCCCCAACAAGGAAAAAGGCAAGGUGCACCGAACGAACACGGCCCGCCAUGGAUGACGGUGGGUUCUGGAAGUCGUGCUGCCCGGCCAACCGUGCCCCUGGCCCAGGCCUGAGCCGCGCGGGAAAAAAAAAAACAUCAGGCCACCCCGAGAAAAAAGCCCGCCGUUCUCCAGGGCCGCGCCGCCAGAUCCGCGCGGUGCAUCGCUGGAGCGCCCGCCAUCCUGCGCCUGCCAUCGGGGCCUGCGCUGAGCACCCAGCAUCGCGGGCCGAUCUUCCCGCGCCGCUCCGGCCCCGCGAAAUAUAUAGAUCUGGCAUGGCCUCGCGAGCCUCUCGCGUGCACCAGUUUUGCCCCACGCAAACCACCCCACGACACAGGCCCCAGACACCCCAGCCCCCUUUGCGGCACCACACACCCACGGACCCUGGACCCCACCCGGACCGCCACACGCCCAAGCAGCGACACACACAUAAAGCAGCGACACGUCCAAAGCAGCGAAAAACCAACCAGCCGGAGACCCAGACCGCUCGCCCCAGCCCGGUCUCGUGACGAGCCCUGGAUCCCCACGCCCUGCACUGCUGAACCCGGCCAGGAAUCCGUCAUCGGCGAGAAAUCCAUCGGCCAGAAAACAGUCAUCGGCG